AACCGCUCCAAUCUCUUAACAAGCACCUCAUCAUCACGUGUUACGAUCCUAUCACCAAACAACGAUCUAUCCCUGUCAAUUACGUUCGUUAUUUGGUGCACAUACUCCGAUGUGCCCAUGGUGUAGAUGUGCAUGUGGAACAUUUCAUUUAACUCGGUGAGGAAGGUGUGGAGAUGGGGACGAAGGGUUGUUUUCAUGGUUGUUGAUGCGAGGGUGUAUGUGAACGAGGAGGGGAGCGGUUGCCUUGGCCGUGCUUGUAAUAGUUGUUUGUUUGUGAUGCCCCUACCACCACACUCACCGUUUCUAUUCCUACUGCCAUUGUCUCCUACUCUUCCUCCCUUAACCUCAAUGCUGUGCAGUAUUGUUUGAUCCAGGUCCACAACCAAGAUCAUCUUCUUCUUUUGUAUCAGCUCAUCCCUGUACCGCACGUACAUACCAUCAAUGGUACUUUUAUCAACCCUCAAUCGACUGUUGCUGUGCAAUGCGUUAUAAAAUUUUGUAUUUUCUGUGUCUUGCACUUCUUGACCGCACAGUGCGCAUAGCUUGUUCAGUUUUAUGGGGUGCUGGCAGGGCAUGAAGGGGGGUAAGAGGAUGGUUAAGAAAUGGGGGUAGAAAAAGGGGAUGAGAAAGGUAGGAAUGAGGAAGGUAGGGAUGAGGAAGGUAGGAAUGAGGAAGGUAGAAAUGAGGAAGGUAGGAAUGAGGAAGGUAGGAAUGAGGAAGGUAGGAAUGAGAAAGAUAGGGAUGAGGAAGGUAGGAAUGAGAAAGGUAGGGAUGAGAAAGGUAGGGAUGAGAAAGGUAGGGAUGAGAAAGGUAGGGAUGAGAAAGGUAGGGAUGAGGAAGAAGUGAUAAAAAGCAAAGAUGAGGAAGGAGCUGGAACACACCGCAAAUUACCGAUCCUAUCCUUGGAAUAAAUGGAA